CCGCGCUCUAAAAUCAGUUAAUUUCUCCAAUCCCUAAUUCUUUUUCGGUUCCGUCACAAGAAGUUGUGACCGCUUGAUUCCAGCACUGCUGUGUUUGGCUUGACUAAAUUUAAACUUGACGUGACCGCGCUCUGAAAUAUCGCAGUCCGGUCUCUCUGUCUGUGUUAUGUCGCGGCCGACACCGACCAGCAGACGCAGAAGGAGAAGACUCUUGCCCAGUCCAAGCGGCUCAAUUGCAAGUCCAGGAGCUGAACCGGUGACAAUGGACGAUAUCUGGAGGGCCGUCAGCAAAAUCCGCAAGGACCAGAAAGAGCUGGCAAGGGAGGUGGAGAGGAACAGAGAGUCCCAGGGAGAGAUCAUAGAUCUCCUUAAGGAGCUGAAGGAUAGGCCAGCCGCUCCUGCUCCCCCACUUCCCUCCACACCCAAGAAAGUCCCCAAUGAGCUUGCACUGGAGGUCAAAAGGAUCCACAAGGCGCUCGGGGAGGAGCACCAGUUCAGGGGAAAUGAACUGUUCACCUCCGACCACAACCAAAGCACCUACCAGGUGAUUCGCCGGGAAGUGCUGGAUGGACCAGUGGAGUACCGCCAGUCUCACAUCAAAAAAGCCAUCAGGAACUGUCAUGAAAACCUCCGGAGGGCGGACAAGAACCGGCGGCUGGGGCUGGCAGAGAAGAAGAAAACGGACAGCAAGAAGCUGAAAAGAAAGCACAGGCUGAAGGACGACAGGAUCGAGGUGGGGCGAACCUUCCUGAGCCCCAGGGACAGGCAGUUCCUGGAGGGAAUAUCAAAGGCGCCCCUACUCAUGUCGGAUGAGGAUACCGAUCCCGAGGAUCCUGACCACACCUGGCUGGUCAAACAGCCCGCCUGGCGCAGCGAGAGGCUCAACGGUAUCCUCAAACUGUGCCAGGCGAAGCUGGACAAAACUAAGGCAAGCCGGCAGUGCCACCGGCGCAAAAUGACCACUACCCCCAGCCCCCGACCAAGGCCUCCCAGUGUCGCCUCCUGCUACCUCUUGCCGGAGGAUGAAGAGGGAGGCGAUCAGGAGGCCGGUCAGGGGGCCGGGGAGGGCCGGGAGGACCCGGACGACCGGGAGGACCAGGACGCCCGGGAGGGCCAGGGCGACGGCGAGGGCCAGGGCGACGGCGAGGGCCAGGGCGACGGCGAGGGCCAGGGCGACGGGGAGGAGAGCAGUGAGAGCGGCAGCGAGAGCGGCAGUGAGAGCAGCAGUGAGGACGAAGGCGAAAGCGACAACGGCAGCGUCAGCGUUUAAAAGGGACCUCGAUGCCUCGAAAAGAAAAUAAUAAAAGAGUUGAA